AUGAGAGGGACCAAACCGGCAGUCCACCCGGCAGAGUUUGCCCUUUUCCUGGCUAAGCUGGUCAGGCUGAAAGAUCUUAUCAGCCUCCAGGAGUUCCAAAUUGAGGAAUUUUCCACCCUGAUUCUCUGGGCCACCUCACCAGCUCAGCCCAAGCUUUGGCUGUCCUCUGGGAGCAGCACCACCCCAGUCCAGUCAGCUGCUCCGCCUCCUGCCAAGUCAGCGGCCCCACCUCCUGCCAAUCCAGCGGCUCCACCUGCAGCGGCUCCGCCUCCAAUCCAUCCAGUCAGCGCCAGGUCCAGCACCUCCAGUCCAGUCAGCACCGGGUCCAGUGCCUCCAGUCCAUUCAGCGGCACAAUUUCCACGCCCAUCAGCGGCAUCGCCUCCGGUCCAGCCAGCAUCACCACCUGCAGCAGCACUGCCACCGGUUCAGCCAGCGGCACCGCCUCUGGCCCAACCUGUCCAAGAGGUUCCUCCCCCAGCCCAGCCUGUCCAAGAGGUUCCACCCCAGCCCAGCCUGUCCAAGAGGCUCCGCCCCCGGCCGCGCCUCAAGUCAAGUCAGCACCAGGUUCGGCGCCUCAAUCCAAGUCUGUGCCAGGUUCGGCGCCUCAAGCCAAGUCAGCGCCAGGUUCGGCACCUCAAGCAAAGUCGGCACCAGUGGCUCCACCACUCCUGUCGGCACAUCCCGUACUGGGGUCCUGCGUGCUCCGUGUUAUUUACAACCUUAAGUUUCCUGUCUGCCUGCUUGCCUGCUUCUUCCUCUGCAUUUGGGUCCUCACCUCCGGCUCAACUCGCCUGCGCACGUCGUGA